UGGUUUAUAUUGGCGCGGUCCAGACGGCGGAGGCCUCUGCGGCGCGGUCCUCGGAGGCGCGCGUCCGUGCUCCUCGUUGGUCAUGGCGGACUACCUGAUUAGCGGAGGCACGUCUUACGUGCCAGACGACGGACUCACCGCACAGCAGCUCUUCAACUGCGGGGAUGGCCUCACCUACAACGAUUUUCUCAUUCUUCCUGGGUAUAUCGACUUCACUGCGGACCAAGUGGAUUUGACCUCUGCUCUAACUAAGAAGAUCACACUGAAGACCCCAUUGGUUUCCUCACCUAUGGACACUGUCACUGAGGCUGGAAUGGCCAUCGCAAUGGCGCUUACAGGAGGUAUUGGUUUCAUCCACCACAACUGUACACCUGAAUUCCAGGCCAAUGAAGUUCGGAAAGUGAAGAAAUAUGAACAGGGAUUCAUCACUGAUCCUGUGGUACUUAGCCCCAAGGAUCGUGUGCGGGAUGUUUUUGAGGCCAAAGCCAGGCAUGGCUUCUGUGGUAUCCCCAUCACAGAUACAGGCCGAAUGGGGAGUCGAUUGGUGGGCAUCAUCUCCUCAAGGGACAUUGAUUUUCUCAAGGAGGAAGAGCAUGACCGUUUCUUGGAAGAGAUCAUGACAAAGAGGGAAGAUCUGGUGGUGGCCCCUGCAGGCAUCACUCUGAAAGAGGCAAAUGAAAUUCUGCAGCGCAGUAAAAAGGGAAAGUUGCCCAUUGUGAAUGAAGAUGACGAGCUAGUAGCCAUCAUUGCCAGGACAGACCUGAAGAAAAACCGAGAUUAUCCACUGGCUUCCAAAGACACUAAAAAGCAGCUGCUGUGUGGGGCGGCCAUUGGCACUCACGAGGAUGACAAGUAUCGGCUGGAUUUACUGGCCCUCGCUGGUGUGGAUGUAGUGGUUUUGGAUUCUUCCCAGGGAAACUCCAUUUUCCAAAUCAAUAUGAUCAAAUACAUCAAAGAGAAGUACCCCAAUCUCCAAGUCAUUGGAGGCAAUGUAGUCACUGCUGCUCAAGCCAAGAACCUCAUAGAUGCAGGUGUGGACGCUCUGCGAGUCGGCAUGGGAUGUGGUUCCAUCUGCAUUACCCAGGAAGCGGCUCCCAAGAUCCCACCAGACAUAAAGUCCCACAGCCCCAAAUGCCCUUCUACUGUCACGGGCUGCUAUAUGUUGGCCUGUGGGCGGCCCCAAGCAACAGCCGUGUACAAGGUUUCUGAGUAUGCUCGGCGCUUUGGUGUUCCUGUUAUUGCUGAUGGAGGAAUCCAAAAUGUGGGUCAUAUUGCCAAAGCUUUGGCUCUUGGGGCUUCUACAGUCAUGAUGGGCUCCCUCUUGGCUGCCACUACCGAGGCCCCUGGGGAGUACUUUUUCUCAGAUGGGAUCCGGCUAAAGAAGUACCGUGGUAUGGGUUCUCUUGAUGCCAUGGACAAGCAUCUCAGCAGCCAGAACCGAUAUUUCAGUGAAGCUGACAAAAUCAAAGUGGCCCAAGGAGUUUCCGGGGCUGUGCAGGACAAAGGGUCUAUCCACAAGUUCGUCCCUUACUUGAUUGCUGGCAUCCAGCAUUCCUGUCAGGACAUUGGUGCCAAGAGUUUAACCCAAGUCCGAGCCAUGAUGUACUCUGGGGAACUGAAAUUUGAGAAGAGAACAUCCUCAGCUCAGGUGGAAGGUGGUGUCCACAGCCUUCAUUCGUAUGAAAAGCGGCUUUUCUGAAGAGAUCCAGUGUGUGCCUUGGAUUUUUCAAUAAAAAGUUUUGGGAAAAAAGUGACAAAACUGAUCUUUAAGUUCAGUAGGCACGUGGGACUUUGCACCAUCACAGAUGUUAAAAUAUAGUCCUUUCCUUUCUGGCCGAGCACUGGGCCAUGAGAUAAACACACUUUGUGGACCUGGAGUUAGGGAGCUAGAGAGCUGGCCCCGAGGUUAAGAGCACUGGCUGCUCCUCCAGAGGUCCUGAGUUCAAUUCCCAGCAACCACAUCACCUAUAAUGAGAUCUGGUGCCCUCUUCUGGUGUGCAGACAUACACACAGGCAGAACACUGUAUACAUAAUAAAUCUUUUUU